CGAGAGACAGAGGCGGACGGGAAGGGGCAGGGGGAGUACGAGGAGAACGGCGGUUCGACAGCAGCCUCUCCGUUGUCACGGCCGCCCAUCCUCGUCACUCUGCCUCGCCUUAAACCGGUCCGCGCAACCGGUGAAGAUGACACUGUCGCCUCGCAUGGCAACCACGAAGCCAGUCUGGCCACCGGUGCUUCUCCGCUGCUUCUGCGUGACGCCAGUCUGACACACCUUUCCGUCAUGCCUGUGCACACGCGGCUUUUGCCGGUCAUCGCCGAGUCGCGACUGCACACACACGCUGACGACGACCUUGACGACGAGGAGGAGGAUGAAGAAGAGGUGGCGGCCAGGCGUAAAGUGGCCGAACACGUGGCCGGUGUGCGCAUCAAGUUGGAGCCAACCACACGCAGUCGACGUUCCAUGAUACUCAAAUCGAAGCGACCAUGUUCUACAGCCACGUGA